UGCGCUAAUCCCACACAAGACUCGCGGUCUUUAUUAACAUUAACGAGCGUUUUGUUAGUAGUAACGGUGACUUUGUCGCAAAAUACAGCGUGAUAUCGAGCGUAACUAUUGUGAAACGAUGACCAAGAAGGAAGAUCAAUUUGAUGGAAUGUUGCUGGCGAUGGCUCAGCAACACGAAGGUGGUGUGCAAGACUUAUUAGAUACCAUCUUCAACUUCUUGGCGAGAAAAACUGACUUUUACACUGGAGGUGGUGAGGGAGCAGCUGAAAAGCUUCUUAUCGGCAUAUUCAAGAAAUACGAAGCCGUAGCAGUAACGAAAGCAGCCUCCGAUAAAGCUGAGAGAGCUGAACAAGAAAGACGACGUAAGGAAAGGCUUGAGAAGAAAAAAAAAGAGGAUAAAGUUGAGGAAGAAAAACUAGAUAAUGAUUCCAAAAUAGUGGAGUUAACGGAUGAACAAGCUGUUAAGCUGCAAGAGGAAAUAGACAGUAAGAAAUUAGCAAGAGAAGCUGCUGUUGCUGGGCCUAGUAACGAUACAAGUAAACAUAAUGAUCAAGAUAUGGAUGAUGAUGAUGAUGAUAAGAAGGCAGAUGGCUCAGACGUCGAGGAAGAGGAAGAUGAGAAAGAGAAGAACAAGCUGAAGCCUAACAGUGGUAAUGGUGCGGACAUGCCAAAUUACAGAUGGACACAGACUCUUGGGGAAGUAGAGAUUAGGCUGCCGCUGAAGGUGAGCUUUUCGGUGCGUCCCAAGGACGUGGUAGUGACGAUCGCGAAGAAGCACCUGAGCUGCGGCCUGAAGGGCCAGUCGGCGAUCCUCGACGGCGAUUUCCCGCACGAGGUCAAACUCGAAGAGUCCACUUGGGUAAUCGAGGACGGGAAAGUGUUGCUGAUUAAUCUGGAAAAGGUGAAUAAGAUGCAAUGGUGGGCGCACGUGAUAACGAGCGAGCCGGAAAUUAGCACGAAGAAAGUGAAUCCCGAACCCAGCAAAUUGUCCGACCUGGAUAUCGAGACGAGAGGUCUCGUGGAGAAGAUGAUGUACGACCAGAGACAGAAGGAGCUCGGACUACCCACGUCCGACGAGCAGAAGAAGCAAGGCGUCAUCAAAAAAUUCAUGGAGCAACACCCUGAGAUGGACUUUUCCAAGUGUAAAUUCAAUUAAUUCCAUUCGUGCACGAAUCAUCAUCACCUUCAAGGCGCGCUGACCACGCUUAAAAUUCCGAACGCCGCACCGUUGGAUACCACCGUUGCGCUCGCGUCUUCUCUCACUUCUUCGUGAUCGUAACGUCGAGGAGUCCGCGCGCUCGACGUUCCGUCCACCCGAAGGAAGAGGUCAACGCGAUUGCAACACACACACUGCGCUUCGAAGGUUGCAGAAGAUGGCAGCACAAUGUUAGACCGCAGCACCCGCUACAGAGUUCUGCUGUCGAUUGAGAUUCCGAUUGAUAAUUCUACGAUUUAAUCACCUCGUUCUUCUCCUCUCCUCUUUUGUACUUUGUUCAUCUGUGCGAUCUUUCAGAAAAAAAAAAAAAAAACUAAAAUGUGCACGUAGAUGUAAAAAUUCAAUUUAUAUAUUGCAUUGUUUUAUCUAACGAGUAAGCCGAUUACUUCAUUGACAAAGAAAGAUAUACAUUGAAAUUAUAUCAAAUUGAUGAAA